AAAAGCUAUGACACAGCCCGCCUCCACAAUUGGGUAGUCAUACAAGCUUCGUCUCGUUUUGGAGCCUGCACUCCGCAGAGAAAUUCAAAUACUGAGAAGUGAGAACUGAGGGAGGACCUAUAACGCAGCCCGCCUCCACAAUUUGUGUAGUCAUACAGCUUGGUUCUCUUUAACGUCGUUCAAUUUCCAUCCUCCUCUCUGUGAAGCAAAAUGCCAAAGAAUAAUACCAAAUCUAGGUCAUCGAGGAAACCACUGAUGGACGUCUCCAAUGUUGGGAGGCUUUUGGAGCCAGCCAACAAGAGAAGUUCUCAACGCCAAGGAAAGGUCGAGGACGACGACGCUCUUGAUCGUCUUCUCCUCGCCCAUUCUGGUCUCUCUAAUCUCAUCCAACAGAUUGAUGAAUUGGUUGUGCAAGCAUUCAAACUUAAAUUGACUAUCAAGGAGCGAGGAGAAAUUGAAUCUUUUACCCAUGUCCUGUCCGAUGUGUGUUCUUCUUUAAAGUCAUGGGUUCCAAGAUUCCAAAAGGUUCUUUCCAGUUCAUCAGUUGAGUUUGAAAAUAAGACAGCACAACCUUUAGCAAGUAAAGUGAUUGUUGAUGCAAGUGCUGCAAGUAAAGAAAUAAGCAAUGUUGUUGACAGUCCCAAACAACCUGAAGUUGACUCCCUUGUCUCUCCAUCACCUCUUGUUUCUUGGCGUGCUGACUGUACUGUUGAGAGAGGAAAACAAUUAUUUCUUCUUACACCAUUACCUAGAUCAAAAGCUUUAUCUUCCAAAAGUCAAGGCACAUCUACAUUGGUAUUUAAAAGAAUUACCCAUACGGAUCCCCCUCCUAAUACUACUAUUGGCUCACCUUCAUUACUGACCACUUCUAAAAAUAUGAAUGACGAUUUUCUGGAAGAAUUAGAGUUAAAGCCACUACCAAAUAAAAGUUCUAAUUCUCAUACUACCCAGAUAGAAAAUUCUCUUGCAUGUGGGUCCAUUUCUCCACCAAGAUUCUCAAAAAAAGACCAGUCUAUGUUUCUAAUGACCCCAUGCUUAAAAAUGUCACCUCCACAGUCUUGUGUGUUGCUUGAACCAAUAUCCAGAUCCUCUUACCAGAACAAUGAUGAAAUUUCUAAUACCCCAUUUGUUGUUGGAAUCGGAAACUCUACUGGGUCCCAGAUCUCUGAACUAUCGAGCAGCAAAGUCUCAGAGGAUUUGGCAUUAAAGUAUCCUGAACUUUUUGGGCCACAUCCACCUCAUAAAUGGGGAAUUGGAAGGAAAGAAAUAGAAGCAUCCCCGGGUUGGUUUUUAUCACCUCCAAAAACUUGUGUGUUAAUGGAGCCACCCAAAGAGAAAUUACAAAUGGAUCCAGCUGCUAACAGAGACUCAUCCAAUGUCAUGCUUAGUGAGCAAACAAAUCCAAAAGCUGAAAGGGAGAAAGACGUGUAUGGGCAGUGUUCCUUAGCCAGAGUACCAUGUAAUAAAGAACUUUGUUCAAAACUAGGGGUGCUAGAAAGCACGCCAAUGUGGAAGGAGUCAGAAAGCAUCAUCCGAACUGGCAAACAACCUGGUGAGAACACUUUGAAAAGGGAACUGUGGACUAAAUUUGAAGCUGCGUCCACAAAUGCUAUGCCUUUGAAGAUAUCAAUUUUCACAGAAACAGGCCGAAAAGGUUUUCUGGAUAGACUCGAUGAGGUUUCAUGUGAAGAGGGAACUCUAUUGACCAAAGGCUUGUAAUGAUAUGGUAGACAUCGCGCAAGAUGCAACUUUUUUAUCUGUAAAUUGGGAUGUUUGGCAUGCAAAGUUUUGUUCACGAAUUCAGCCCUGCAAUUAUAAUUUCAUCUUAACAUCCAACUACACAACUCAACUCAACAUGAGCUUUUAUCAUUUUUGUAUUAUGUGGGAACAGAUUCAUUAUCGAAUAUAACAUGGGCAAUCUCAGAAUUA